GGCUUACAUUUUAGUAGUUAUUUCAGUUUUAAUGCAGGAGAUACUUCACACUCUGAAGUCCUAUGGAUUGGUCACCUCAUCAGCCCUUGCAUUUUCUCCAUUCGAACAGAACAUUUUAAUAUAGUAAAACAUGGUGAACUAUAAUUCACUCCCACCUCCCAUUAGUUCUUCUAACCCUUGUAUCAUUAUCUCUGCAUGUUUCCCCCUUGGGUCUACCAAAGGAGCCCUCAGCAGACGUCAAGCUGGCGACUGGAGCAGGAAAGAAGGGCAAGAAGGCGGAGGAGGAGGAGGAGCAGCCUGCAGCACCUCCUGCAGCAGCAGCAGAGGAGGAGGAAGAGGAGGAGGAGCAGCCUGCAGCACCUCCUGCAGCUGCAGCAGAGGAGGAGGAAGAGGAGGAAGAGGAGGAGUAUGUGGUGGAGAAGGUUUUGGACCGUAGAGUGGUGAAGGGAAGAGUAGAGUUUCUGCUGAAAUGGAAGGGGUUCUCAGAUGAGGAUAACAAAUGGGAGCCUCAAGACAACCUGGACGGCCCCGACCUUAUCACCGAGUACAUGCAGAAACACAAGAAGAAGGAGGAUAAAAAGAAGGAGGGCAAGAGGAAAGUUGUCAGUGAGACCUCGGGAGACUCAGAGGAGCGAGGGAGCAAGAGGAAGAAGGAGGAGAAACGGAGAGGAGGAGAGGGACCCAAACGUCACCACUGUCAGCACUGUGACAAAUCCUUCACAUCAUCUGGAUAUUUAAAGAUUCAUCAGAGAGUUCACACUGGAGAGAAUCUACACAGCUGUGAUCAAUGUGGGGCAGCUUUCACUCUCCAGAGUACCCUAAAAACACAUCAACGCAUUCACACUGGAGAGAAGCCGUACAGCUGUGAACAAUGUGGUAAAACUUUUUCUCAGAGUGGUAGCCUUGAAUCUCACCAGCGCAUUCACACUGGAGAGAAGCCGUACAGCUGUGAUCAAUGUGGGGCAGCUUUCAGACGCCAGUGUCACCUAAUAAAACAUCAACACAUUCACACUGGAGAGAAGCCGUACUGCUGUGAUUUAUGUGCUAAAACCUUUUCUCACAGUGGUCACCUAGAAAGCCACCAGCUCAUUCACACUGAAGAUAAACCUUACAGCUGUGAUCAAUGUGGGGCAGCUUUCCGUCAUCAGAAUAGCCUAAAAAAACAUCAACUCAUUCACACUGAAGAUAAACCUUACAACUGUGAACAAUGUGGGGCAGCUUUCCGUCAUCAGAGUAGCCUAAAAACACAUCAACGCAUUCACACUGAAGAUAAACCUUACAACUGUGAACAAUGUGGGGCAGCUUUCCGUCAUCAGAGUAGCCUAAAAACACAUCAACUCAUUCACACUGGAGAUACACCUUACAGCUGUGAACAAUGUGGGAAAACUUUUUCUCAGAGUGGUAACCUUGAAUCUCAUCAACGCAUUCACACUGGAGAGAAGCCAUACUGGUGUGAACAAUGUGGGAAAACAUUUACUCAGAGCGGUAGCCUUAAAACACAUCAACGCAUUCACACUGGAGAGAAGCCGUACUGGUGUGAUCAAUGUGGGAAAACUUUUUCUGAGAGUCGUAGCCUUAAAAAACACCAGCGCAUUCACACUGCCUCGUGAACAUGUUUUCAGAGCCAAACUGUUUCCUCCUGAAUGUAUGUUAUUGUGGCUACGACUACGUAUAACGCUCCUUUCCUUUGAAGGGUUAGUCCUGUUAGAAGUGGGUCAAAUGCUGUUUCUCCUGAUGCUGUGUGUUUUAAUGAUUACUUACUGAGAAUGAUUUUUAAAAAAAUGAUUAUUAUUACCUUUCUGCUGCUCAUUAGUCGCCCAAGUAGAACCUAUGUAUAGGAAACACAGCUUUAAUAUUUCGAUCUGAUAUCACAUUUGGGCUUGGGAGUGGCAUGGUGUCUCUAUAGCAACCCCUAAUGAAUUUUGAAUUAUGAACAUUUGUGACAUCCUUUAAUAUACUCACAAACUCAAAUCAAAACAAUGAAAACCUGUGAGCAAUGCGAGACUAGAGUGAUUUGGUUAAUUUGUGUUUAGCGCCCCCUAAUUAAUUUAAAUGUUUUGGAAUGUGGAACAAUUAAAUGCUAAUAAAUGAACUAAAACAAGGCCACAUGCUGAUUAUUUGUGACUUGAUUUGAUGGAUUUAUUCUUCCUGUUGUGUCUGUGUUUAAACUCCUAAUUAAAAGGUAAAGUUU